UCCGCGACACAGUCCAGCUGAAGGCAUCAUGGCGGCUCCUAACGAGAAGAAGCGUGGUCUUGAACAUUUGGACGAAUAUGAACCAAAACCAGCCAAACACCUCCGCAGCCUGCACGACCGCAUGGCGGAGAGGAGACUGGUUGUUAUCCUGGAGGGAGCGUCGUUAGAAACAGUGAAGGUCGGAAAAACCUUUGAGCUGUUAAACUGUGACCAACACAAAAAUAUCAUCGUCAAAAGUGGAAGGAAUCCAGGAAAUAUCAGACCAGACAUCACACACCAGUGCCUGCUCAUGUUGAUGGACAGUCCACUGAACAGGGCAGGCCUGCUGCAGGUUUACAUCCACACAGAGAAAAACGCCUUAAUAGAGAUCAACCCCCAGACCAGAAUCCCAAGAACCUUCAAUCGCUUCUGUGGCCUUAUGGUUCAGCUGCUGCACAAGCUGAGUGUCAGGGCUGCUGACGGUCCUCAGAAGCUCCUGAGGAUGAUUAAAAACCCCGUGUCUGACCACCUGCCCCCCGGCUGCCCCCGCAUCGCCACCUCCUUCUCCUCUUCUGGAGAGGCUGUCUGUCCCCGGACUCUGGUGCCAGAGGGACCGGCCGCAGUGGUGAUCGGAGCAUUCGCACAUGGAGCGGUGAAUGUGGACUACACAGAGAAGACAGUGUCCAUCAGUAACUACCCCCUCUCUGGGGCUCUCACCUGUGCCAAGAUGUGCUCAGCUUUCGAGGAAGUGUGGGGCGUCCUGUGACAGACAGUCAAUAAACUACUGAUGUUGGCCUCACCGGGACAACAGAGUACAUGGACUCUUUUUUUAAUGGACUAGGAAUGGAUAUGAUGUCCAUUUCACCAGUGGUGUCACCUGGACUACAGACAUGUAUCCUGUUAUACACUGUAUGUGUAUACUUGUAUGAUGGUGUUUGGCCCCAAUGUGGAAUAUAAAUUACUGUUUUCAUGUAGAAGCAUGGCUGUUUUAUACCAUUAUCAAUUGCACCAGUUACAUUGUAUUUUGGGUAAUCGAUCAAUACAUAAAAAUCUGACAGAAAA